ACCACAUUGUCAGCUGUUUUAUAAUUGUUUAUAUUUUUUAAGAUAAAAUAAAUCUAAGUUUAAUUUAACUAAAAAUAUUUUUAAAAUGUCGGAAGACAUACUGUUUGAUUUUCUGCAUUCUGAAAUUGUAAACUAUUGUCUAAAUAAUAAUAAUAAAGAGAAUGACUUUUCAUCGUUGGAAUAUAUUGGAUUUAACACUGGGUAUCGUCUUAUAGAACGUCUAACGCGAGAUGUGCCACGAUUUAAAGAUGAGUUGGAGACAAUGAAAUUUAUAUGUACUGAUUUCUGGACACUAAUCUAUAAGAAACAAGUUGAUAAUUUACGUACUAACAAUCACGGAAUGUACGUGGUACAGGAUAGAGCAUUUCGUUUCCUUACACGAAUAUCGACAGGUACUAAACAACUGGAACAUGCUCCAAAGUUUGUAUUUUUCACUUGUGGCCUAGUGCGAGGGGCAUUGACGAAUUUGGGUAUAAACAGUACAGUCACAGCUGAAGUGCAAACAAUUCCAGCUUGUAAAUUUCACAUUGAAAUUAAUAGAAACUAGACUUAAAUUUUGAUUACUUAAUUAAUAUACUAUUUUAUUAAAGUAAAUUAGUUUAUCA